UUGUAUUACAUAUGGAUUUCAUAACAAUAUAAGCUCAUUAUGUGAACGAAAGAAACCAUAUGAUUUAAAUUUAGAGACGAAGUGUGUGAAAGAGGUGGAAAUCCUCCAUGGCGGAACCAACUUCCAAUAAUUCGUCUCCACAGCUGGCCUUGGGUUCUCGUAAGGUGUUGAUCACCGGAGUUAGCAAGGGAUUAGGAAGAGCCUUAGCGUUGGAGCUGGCUAGCCGUGGCCACACCAUCAUCGGUUGUUCACGGGAUCAAACUAAACUUGAUUCUCUUCAGGCUCAGCUUUCUAAUCUUUCUUCUACAAACCAUUUACUCUACAACGUUGAUGUGAGAUCGAACACCAAGGUUGAGGAGUUUGCACGAGCUACGGUGGAAAAUGAAUUAGUUCCAAAUAUCAUUGUGAAUAAUGCAGGUUUGAUCAAUAGAAGUUGUAAAAUAUGGGAAUUGGAUGCACAAGAAUUUGAUAAUGUGAUUGAUACCAACGUGAAAGGAAUAGCAAAUAUAAUGCGUCAUUUCAUUCCACUUAUGAUUUCUUCCAACAAAGGCAUUAUCAUCAACAUGUCUUCUAUUGCUGGGAGAGAUGCGCGUGAACUGAUAGCACCCUAUUGUGCAUCAAAGUGGGGAGUUGAAGGACUAAGCAAAGCAAUAGCAAAAGAAGUGCCCGAGGGAAUGGGAAUUGUGAGCUUAGAUCCAGGCUUGAUAUUUACUGACAUGCUGCUUUCAUGCCUUCCCGAUUCUGCUCCCAACUAUCAAUCACCUCAACAUUGGGCUUCAAAAGCAGCAACAAUGAUUCUUAAUCUUACUGCACUCGAUAAUGGAACAUCUCUCACAGUUGAAGAUCCAGGAAUUGUGCCGAAGUCCUUGAGUUAAAAAAACCCAGUAAAGUUGUUGAAAAAAUUGGCACAAAAGGAAGAUACAUUCAUUUUGAAGAGAAAGAACUUUUACUUGGAAAGAACAAACAUUAGCACUCUCAGAUAAUACACAUUUUUAUUCUGAAGGCACUCAUUUACUUUUCACUCAAAGUUUCUCUUUACUUUUCACUCAAAGUUUCUCUCUAACUCUCUUGCUUUCUUUUUUCUCUCUUGCUUUCUUUUUUCUCUCUU